AUGCCCUCGUGCCCGCUCAGGGUGGCUGUGGUGUGCAGGAGCAACGUGAACAGGAGCAUGGAAGCCCACAGCAUCCUCCGCAAGAGAGGGUUCCGCGUUCAGUCCUUCGGAGUCGGAUCUCGGGUGAAGCUCCCAGGACGCUCAAGCAAUCGCCCGGUGAUCUACGAUUUCUCCACGACCUAUAAGCGGAUGUACGAGGACCUUUGCAGGAAAGACCGGGAAUGCUACAGAAGGAACGGAAUCCUGUACCUCUUGGGGAGAAACGACAGGAUCAAGCCGCGCCCCGAAAGGUUUCAGGAGUGCAGUGACCCCUUCGACGUCAUCUUCACCUGC